AGCCCGCCGUGAAUGGUGGGAAGAUGGCGGCGCCCAUCUGCAGGGCGCUCUUCAUGGCAGUGCCGAGAUGGAGCCGCGGAGCUUGCGGCGGUUGCUGUUGCCGGGGUCUCUCGAGUUCGGCGCUUGCCGGGUCUAAGUGGAGGCUCCUGGGGGCGCUUUGCUUGCAGAGGCCGCCCAGGGUGACUCAGGCGAUGACCCCGCUGGAGAAGGAGGUGGCUGAGAUUGUGGAGCAGAUGGAUAUGGAGAAAAGCAUGUACUCAGACUAUGAGAUCCGCUGCCUGGCGGAAGAGGAGCGCCUGCAGCGAAGAAAAGAUAAGCUUGAGGAUGAUGAUGACAGCAGGAAAGAGAUUGUGCUGGCCCAAGAUUUGGAAGAUGCAUGGGAGCAGAAGCUGCGCAAGUUCAGCCCUGCCCCGCGGCUCACAGAUGCUGACAAGGAUGGCGAUCGGACCUCUUUGAACAGGAAGCUGGACCAGAACUUGCUGCUGUUGGUUAAGCAAAAGGUUGGCAACCAGGAAGUCUGGCUGUUACCCCAAGCGGAGUGGCAGGAUGGGGAGACCUUGCGGGCUACAGCAGAACGGGCCUUGGUGGCACUGUCAGGAAGCCACUGGGACGCCAAGUUCCUGGGGAACGCACCAUGUGGUUUUUACAAAUACAAAUUUCCCCGAGCGGUCCAGUCGGACACCGGCGUGGGGGCCAAGGUGUUUUUCUUCAAAGCCCUCCUGCUUCAGGACAGCAAGCCGCCCUUGCCCAAGGGGAAACCGGACUAUGUGUGGGUCAGCAAAGGGGAGCUGGCGGACUACCUGAAACCCGAAUACCACUCCCAGGUUUCUCAGUUUCUCGUGGAUCUGUGAGCUGCGGAGCAAAGCCCCGAUCUGAAGCGGACAGUGCAGAGAGCAGCGGUGUUUGGGAGAAGAUGCCGCCAAGCGUUGCCUCAUCGUGCCAUUGUCCCAGACCAAGGAUCACGUCAACUUUUGAGCCGCGCUCAAUAAAAGAGUCCAAGAAGUGA